GCAUCUCAGACCUCCCUGCUUUACGUUUACAUUUCUCCGCCGUAAAGAACGGUGGGAAAGGCUUCCACAAGACGACUUCAACAUACAGAUGUUAUUUAGUAACAAACAUUUACAAACUCAAUACUUUUUUGACACACUUUUCCACUGGACCCUUGGGCACUCCCGAUUUUUUUGUGGAUGUGAAGCGAGUUGAUUUUGGAUCCCAGCAGACAUCCUGUGGUGGUUAGGCCAUGGCAACUGCACUCAGUGGCCGAAACCCUGGUGGACGUGGACCAAACAGAAAUAAGGGUCGAAUCUUAGGUAUCAUUGAUGCCAUCCAUGAUGCAGUGGGACCACCUAAACAAGCAGCCGUCGACCGGAGGACUGUGGAGAAAACUUGGAAACUCAUGGAUAAAGUUGUCCGCCUCUGCCAAAAUCCUCGACUCCUUCUAAAAAAUAGUCCACCAUACAUUCUGGAUAUCUUACCUGAUGCAUAUCAGCAUCUGCGCCUUAUACUUGUCAAAUAUGAAGAGAACCAGAGGCUCACACAGCUCAGUGAGAAUGACUACUUUAAGAUUUACAUUGAUAGCCUUAUAAAGAAAUCCAAACGUGCCAUUCGGCUCUUCAAAGAGGGGAAGGAGAGGAUGUAUGAGGAGCAAUCACAGGACAGGAGAAACCUGACCAAGCUGUCUCUGAUAUUCAGCCACAUGCUGGCUGAAAUCAAAGCAAUUUUCCCAGGAGGACAGUUCCAGGGAGACACUUUUAGGAUCACCAAGGCUGAUGCUGCUGACUUCUGGAGAAAGUAUUUUGGAGAAAAGACCAUUGUUCCUUGGAAAGUCUUCCGGCACUGCCUUCAUGAAAUGCAUCCCAUCAGCUCAGGCCUGGAGGCAAUGGCGCUCAAAUCAACCAUCGACCUCACCUGCAACGAUUAUAUUUCUGUAUUUGAGUUCGACAUUUUCACACGCCUCUUUCAGCCAUGGAGUUCAAUUCUAAGGAACUGGAAUUUCCUGGCAGUGACACAUCCUGGCUACAUGGCUUUCCUUACUUAUGAUGAAGUCAAAGCCCGUCUGCACAAAUACAUCAACAAGCAGGGGAGUUACAUCUUCAGAUUAAGUUGUACUCGUCUCGGCCAGUGGGCCAUAGGCUAUGUGACCAACGAUGGAAACAUUCUACAGACCAUCCCCAACAACAAGCCGCUCUUCCAGGCCCUCAUCGAUGGUUACAGGGAGGGUUUCUACCUGUUCCCUGAUGGUCGCAGUUACAAUCCUGAUCUCACUGGUUUAUGUGAGCCGACCCCUCAUGAUCACAUCAAAGUGACACAAGAGCAGUAUGAGCUGUACUGUGAGAUGGGCUCCACCUUCCAGCUUUGCAAGAUAUGUGCUGAAAACGACAAAGACGUCAAGAUUGAACCCUGCGGUCACCUGAUGUGUACUUCCUGUCUUACAGCCUGGCAGGAAUCAGAUGGUCAGGGUUGUCCUUUCUGUCGAUGUGAAAUCAAGGGCACUGAGCCCAUAAUUGUGGAUCCCUUUGACCCACGAAAUGAGGGCAACAAGUGCUUCUUCCUGGACCAGCACAGCUGCACCUUCCUGGAACUGGAUGACGAUGAAGACCGAGAGGACUGCCUGGUUAUGAAUGGACUGGCCAACAUCAGAAAGCACUGUGCUGAGCGCCAGAACUCCCCCAUGGUGUCUCCUAGUUCCUCACCUGUCAGCCAACACAGAAAAGCUCAUGUGGGAGACCAGAGUCACUGCUUGCAGCACCUCAGCCUUCCUCCUGUUCCACCCCGGCUUGACCUUAUCCAGAAGGGCGCCAUCCACUCCCCAUCCUCCAGUCCCAGCAGUUCCCCGAAGUCUUCACCAAGCAUGUCCAGAAAGCAGGACAAGCCUCUUCCAGCACCACCUCCCCCCCAGAGGGACCCGCCUCCUCUGCCUCCGCCUGAACGUCCUCCUCUCAUCCCCUCAGAGAAACGCAAUUCUUGGCUUCCCACUUCUUCUUCUACCAGUGUGCUAACCCCUCAGACAUGUUGCUCCAGGGACAGCCCCUUUUCAGAGGACCAUAGGACUGGAUCUGAGCAUCUGCUCCAACUAGGACCCAGUGUCCCCCCUCACCUGAACGGACGACCGUUCAGUUGUCCAUCUGCAGAAUUUGGAAAGUUACACAAAAUGGACAGGACAGGAAACUCAGAAAGCUGCAAGCCCUUCUCAAAUGGUGUUCAAGACAACGACGAGUAUGACAUCCUUCCCCCACGAGACUCAUCAAUGUUGUCCACAAUGACCAGUAGCCAAAACAGUGCUGUGGUGGAGAAUCAGCGUGGAGCGAUGGUGAGGGUGCAGGAUUACCAGAUCCCUUCAUCCAACCUCUGCCUGAGUCAGGCCCCCCUUUGCCUCUCUAUACCCAGCAGAAACUUUGAGAACAGCUCUCCAGAGUCCUGCAUCAAGGAGAAGAAGUCUGGCCCUCCUGAGCCCAGGGGAUACUCAGACUCGCUCAGGGGGGCGUCACAUGCUGCCUCCAGCCUCUUCAAUGCCAACAAUUCAUCAUCUGACUAUGACAUUCUGCUGCCCCUUCAAGCUUUAACAGACGCUUUUAACAGCGGCCCACCCUCCCAGCCUCCACCUCCUCCACCAGCUCGACACAGCCUCACAGAUCUCUCAUCCUGUAAAUCCUCCUCCUCCUCCUCCUCCUCCUCCUCGGCCCUUACAAAACCACAUCGGCUGUCCUCUGGUCAGGAUCACUUGCUUCUAACCCCAGACACAGUGAUUGACAUGCUGAACAAUGCUGUUCCUCUGCCUCCGCUCAGAAGACAUACAGAACAUGUUAAAGGCUCCAGAUGCUGCCUAGAAUUCAACUUUUUAAAAGACAGUCAAGUCUCCAUGGACUGUUUACAGGCCCCCGCCAGACCGCCCAAGCCCCUCCCGAGGAAGAUCCCUUUAGACAGUCAGCCAGGUAAACCCCAGAGCCUGGACCUGGAGACUGUGGAUGCCAAGAUAGCCAAGUUGAUGGGGGAAGGUUACUCCUUUGAGGACGUGAAGCGGGCGCUGACCAUCGCCCAGUACAAAGUCGACGUGGCCAGAGGAAUUCUCCGAGAGUUUGCCUUAAUGGCCCCCAGACUAAACCUCUAGAACUGGAGACAUUGACAAGGAUGCAAAGCAAGGAAGUGGUUAUGUGAAUGGAUUGACUAAAACAUGGCAGUCAACAAAAAUGUGCUGAAUAAAUAACAUUUCCAAAGCAGAGUUAACUUCAAAGUGACUAAAACACUGCAGAAACACAAAAUCUGAGAAAAUACCUUUGAACCUGAACAAAAGAGAAGCACUUUUGUUAGUGUUUACAGUGUGCUCUUCUGUUUUCAACACUUCUGUCUCGUGGUUUGAUUGAAUGAUCCUGCUACUGUUGUUCCCCUUCAUAUUCUACUGUACAGGCCUCCACACGUUUUAAACAGAACAAAAUACUUUCAGCUCAUUUGAUGUGCUUAGUAGAUGUUAGGGGUCACUUUUAUUGACAACCUGUGGUGGGCUCCACUGCUCUCUUCUCGAACUCCUCCACAUGUCUUCUUUUUAUUCCUCUUAAUGUCUGUUGCCCCUCACAGGAAAUACCUGUGUUUCAGAAUGAGAAGGGCUUUCAGGUGGGAGUCAGAAAGAGCCUGAGGAUGCCUUAUUGACUCCUUCAGAUCUGGAGAAUGUUCAGGACAGCUCUUGGUGGAGCAGCAUUAUUUAUCACCUCGUGUCUUACAUGGACUAGAAGAGUGACAUUUUAGUGUUUUAGAUAUUUUUUUUAGAAUUUUCAAAAGCCAGAGACAUUUGUGCCUGCAUUUUAGCCUAAGCAUUCAAAUGAGAGGUGUGUAUUGUUGUGUUGAUCAGCGUGCAGAAUGAUGUGUCGGAGCUCACAUAUGAAAAGCUCAGCGGUCGUCAUACUGCAUACUGCAUACCUGCUGGAUCAUAUUUAAUAUCAAAGCCAUCACAUGGUGAAAGUGUCAAUAUUCCCAAAUGUUUGAGGAUUUUCUCUAUCUGUUUUCUGAUGCUGUGCUGCAGUGUAAAGCCAACAGAAUCCUCUGAAGACCAUAGUAAAUUAGACAGGACAUAUGCAACUUCACUGUGCAGUACGGGUGAAUUUAAACUGCCUUAAAUUCAAAUCUGGAAGCUGUAUUUCUGCCUUAUGACUUCAAGAUGUCUCAUAUAUUGUUGGAGUUAUUUAAAUAUAAGAAAAUAUUUUUUUAUGGCCA